CGAGAGGGUGGGCGAAUGGGUGGAGGCGAGGCAAGCGAAGGGCAGGGGGUGAAGAAGAGAGAGCAGUACUUCGAGCCAGGCCGGUUAGGGGCGCUACACCCUGCCCAACAUGGCUGUCGCGGUCUGAUACUUCGCGCGAGUCACCACGCAUCCGAGCGCUCGUGCCAUAUCUGUUGCCAGGGAAAUCCAGCGAUUCGCGUAAGCGGAAAAAAUCACGCCACGAGAACGAAGAAAUUCGUCAAGCUGGCGCCGUUCAAGCUCCGUUUCUCGAAGAUGCUGAAGUCGCGCAGCUCCGGCGAUAGUCGCAGCGACAGCGUGGAAUCCGAGGAACAGCAAUCGAAGCAAAUUAAUCAAUCGUUGCCGUCGGGCACAGACGAGUUUGCGGAUGCACCCGAGGCGGAAACGGACAAAAAUUGUUUGUCGGUUAGAAACGAGCAGCCGAUCCCCAGCUCGCCCCCGCCCUCGUACGAGCACGUUCUCGAAGAGACACGAAUGGAAUCGUCAGCCAAUGCGCUACGAGAGGCGAGGGAGGAGGAGCAGGUUUCCAGUACAGAAAAGAGCACAGAGAACACCGAAGACGGGGGUGACGACGACGGGGGUGGCGGUCCCGGGGGUGGAAACAGGAAAAAGACCAAAGAACCGAAAAUACAUCAUAAAUCGAGCAAAGAGUUCUACAAGGCAAUGGCGAAGCAGUGGGGCAUAACUUGCAAAAUGAGCGAUCAUUGCAGAUGUUUGGAUUGCCAGAGCCACUACUUCGACUGCGACUACGAGAAGGACGAUAAGACGAAGGGUGACGGCGGCCUCAGCGCCGGCACGCCGAUGUUCAUCUCCGAGGUGAUGCACGGCACCGCAUGCGCCCUUCUGUAAAGCCGACGCGUUCUUCCGGUUCCGGUUCUCUUCCCUCGACUGGGGGAAAGACGUCUGGCUGAUUACCACACGCACAAAACGGCAAUCAGCGCCUAAGGAACGAGGGGGAGCUUCUUCACGCAUUUAUAUUCUAUACAAAAUGCGCGCAGCGCGUCGGUGUAAGACGUCUACGCGUAUUUCAACGUAAGAAAAAGAGAGACGAAAAAAAAAACCAGAAGCUACUCACGCGCGCGAUGAAAUGCAAGGGCCUCGCGUACGAUGGUGCAAAUUAUUUUAUGACGUUAGACUACUAAAACUGCGUAGAGCAACGCAGAGUACAUCUCAAGACAGGCGCUGUGUAUAAUUGCGCCGCUCUUGCGCGAAAAAAAAAAAGCAAGAGAUUUAGUUUUUCUCCGCGUAAGAGUCGCCCACUUAUCGGACAUAAAGUAGAGUAGAAGGAGACGCGUUUGAGCGACGCAGCAAUUUUAAACAAUUCGAGUAUUACGCCUCUUCGUCGAGAGGGUUUUCGAUCAUCUUUCUACACUUUUGAAGAACUCUUUUACGAACCUGAAGAACACUGAACCUAUCUAAGAACAUAGUGAAAAUUUUUCUAUUGCCGUGUACUCGAACUGUUCAAAUAUCGUCUGACGUUCAAACGCGUCUCCGUCUCCCUUACAAAUUUAUUUUCUCAGCAUUCGAUGUAAUUAUGUGUCAUACUACCCUGCGAAGAGCCACAUUGACUAACGCAACGUUUUGCAAAACCAUUUUGUGGCAACUUUGCGAAAUUGGCGACGCCAGUCGUCCAUCCUUACUGUGACCGGCACUUAAAGACUAAACGUAGAAUGUCAUCGGAAUGCGCUUUAUUACUGUCAAUUGCAUUGCACUCGUUCCAAUUGGAAUUUUACGACAGAAUUUUACGAUGGGCAUAGAGAGAAACGAAAUAAAGCGCCUCAAUUCAA